GCCAUCACUCUAACUGCAAUCGUAAAAACGUAAACAAAUGAAAGUUGUAUUUUUAUUUUAAAAACUUAAAAUUAAAUAAUGGAGGAUUCUGAUAAGCCUGAUUCGAAGCGCUUUUCCAGUGGUAGUGGAUACUUGGAGGACACCCACUGCAAAACCACCCCCACCAACAAUACACAAGAGGCAACAUGUCGAGUUUGCUUUGGAAACUCAAAAGAAAUGGUUAAUAUAUCAGAGUGCACGCCUGGAUCAAGCAUCUCGAUUGCGGAUAUGAUAUCUCAGUUCAUAGGACAUAAAGUUUCCCAAGAGGAUUCGUAUCCGCAAAGCAUUUGUCUGCCUUGCCUUCGGGAUACACAAAGUGGAUUUAGGAUAAAGCAAACUUACGAGAAGAACUUCUCCUUAUACUGUCAGAAGGAAAAGAGGGUACUAGAAGCAGAUGAAAAAAUGCACAUAGUACCUGAUAGUAGUUCCUCCUCCGACGAGAAUGAGUUCGAAUGCCAAGUAAAGAACGAGUUGGUUGAAGAAGAGGACUUUGAGGAUUGCCGGGAUUUCGAGCCCCAUUGUGAAAUAGAAAUUGAAGCAAAUUGUGACUCUGAUAAUGCAGAGAAAGGUAGCAAAGAUGCAAGCUCAACAAUCAAGUGUUCACGUUGCCAAUGUACUUUUCCGGAACUGCAACAACUUUUAACGCACAUGGAGCAGAGUCAUGUAAACAAAACACGAAGCAACAUUAACUUCAAGUUCCAAGUUGGUUUUCGUCAAGGCUCCAGGCUCAUUCACACUCUGGACGACAACCAACUUUAUUGUAAAAAUAAACUUCUAAAAAACGGAGACAAUACGUACGUAUGCCGCGUCAAAGAUUGCAAGGCCCGAGUGUAUCUGGCAAAAGAUGAAACGCUAGUAUACGCCAGGGAAGAUCAAGUACACCAUAGCCAUAAAGGUCAAGAUCUGGAAAUAAAGAAAAUUAUUGCCAUGGACAUAGUAAAGAACAAGUGCAAGACCGAUAACUCGGAUCUCAAGAAGAUUUUCAACGACGUAAUGGCCGAGCACACCCAGGAUGCUGCUGAACUCAAAAUUUCCUAUGAUAGCUUCAAGCGUACUUUGCAACGCAAAAGACAACCCGUACGACGACUUUACCGGCUGAAGAACCUAACUCAAGCCAAGGAAAUAAAUUAGUUGCAAAGUAAUACUUAUUUAAAGUAAAAAAAGAUCUGUACAU